UCCUGUAAGACGACAUUCUACUGUGUUGUAUGGGCUGGUGACUCUGUAAAAGCACAGCAGAGUUAGGCUUGGGAAUUCUUAAAGCAUGUUGAUAUUAUUAAGUGUUUAAACGCUAUUUUGGCUACAGUCCGCUGGUACAGCAGCGCUGUUUAUGACUGGUUUAAAGUGUUGGAUUGGCGAAAAACAUGACAGCCAAUGAAGACCAGGAGAUGGAGUUGGAGGCUCUGCGCUCUAUCUAUGAAGGAGAUGACUGCUUUAAAGAGCUCAGCCCUGUUUCCUUUCAGUUCAGGAUAGGAGAUCUUGAUGACUCCAAAUCCUUCCUGCUAGAAGUGUCAUGGCCAGAGAACUAUCCUGAAACUGCCCCGCACAUAUCAUUAGAUACUUUUUUCAACAACAGAAUAUCCCUGGAGACAAAGCAGUACAUUCUUUCCAAAUUGAGUGAACAGGUAGAGGCCAACCUGGGUACUGCCAUGAUGUACACGCUCUUUGAGUGGGGCAAAGAGAACCAGGAAACACUCAUGGAAAACCAUCAGCCUGUGACAUCCGCUGUGACCCUGAUAUCCAACAGCGAUGUCAUGAAUAAUUCCACCUCUGUUAGUAAGAAGAAGGAGAAGAAAGAGCAACUAACCAAAGCACAGAAGAGGAAACUGAUUGGAAGAACAGAUAAUAAGGGUGAACUGCCAAGAGGUUGGGACUGGGUAGAUGUUAUUAAGCAUCUGAGCAAAACUGGAGGAAAAGGUGAAGAUUAAAGAGAUGCUUGAGAAGAAACGAUGGAUUGAAAUGUAUGGAUUAAAUGUCUCUGUGCCCUUUUUUUUUUUUUUUUUAAAUGAAAGCUGAACACAAAUUCUCUGCAGCCAUGAUUUCAAUUCACCUGGAGCUGCCACAGAGCUGAUUUGACACUGAGUGCAAGGAGCUCUGCCAUUACAGAGACACGUGUCCUCAGAGCCACACUAGUGUGUGCUAAAUUAUCUGAGUCACACAUGAACAUCAUGAGGUGUGUUAUAAGAAAACUAACACGGGUUUAAAUGCUUGUAUUUUUGGAUCUGGUAGAACAGUUGGGUGUGACUUAAUAAACCUAACAGGAGUG